AUGGGAGGUGGAAGUUCCCGAAGAGAUCCUGAAAUUCCCACAACUACUCCACCAGCACAACCUUCUCAACCAGCAGUUGAUGAAGCAGAAUUUCCAGUUAACGCCGACUUAACGAAUCGUCAAGAGACGAUCCUCCAUGUGGCCACUCAAGCGAACCAGGUUCACUUUGUCAACAAGCUGGUGAAUAUGAGUGAAGCAGAUAUGGAAAUGCUAGACGUAAAUGGGAACACUGCGUUUCAGUUCGCUGCAGCAUCUGGGAAUACGAAGAUCGUUGAAAUAAUGGAGAGACGUAAUCCGCGGUUGAGAACGAUAAGGGGAUCCGGAGGAAUCAUUCCUCUUCAAGUGGCUGCUUUACAAGGAAGAAGUGAAAUAGCAAAGCAUCUAAAAUCUGCUGAUGACGGAUUUCACAAUGUUGAUGACUUGAGAAAUCUAUUAUUCUGCUGUGUCAACUCUGGAAUCUAUGGUAAGUAA